AUGGUAUGCUGUCAACCACUACCUACAUUGAAGCCUGCAUGUAUCCCUGCCUGUUCCUUCCUCAAAUGUCCAUCUCCAACCGUUUGUUCAACUGAUCAACUUGGUCGACCAAUAUGUGUUGAGGCACCAAUCCCUCCACCAACAACAACAACCACAACACCAUCAACUACCUCCACUCCAUCAACAACAUCCUCUCCAUCAACUACCUCAACUCCAUCAACCACAUCCACUCCGUCCACGGCCAGGUAUUCAAUAACAGGCUACACAUUCUUGGAUGUAAAUUCCGAUGGCAUGAAAGAGGACACGGAGAGAUGGUUGGGCGGUAUCCAAGUGUCACUGUCGCUGGAUGAUGGAUCAAACAACAAGAGGAGGAGACGUGCUGUUCAAGAUGAAAUUGGGUCAACAUUCACGGACGCAUCCAAGACUGUUCAGGGCUUCAUGUUCACCGACCUUGAAUCAGGUCGUUACUGUCUACACUUCACAGACCCAUCUGGAAUCUACACAUCACAACUACCCAAUGAUCAAAUCUGUUUUGAUCUUCAACAAGACAUCACAUUAUUGCCAGUCCCCUACAAUGUUCCCAAUGUCCCCGAGCCCACCUUCUCAAUCCGUGGAACCACCUUCUUUGGAGUUGAUCAGGAUAAUGUUACUGCUCCUGGUAGUAUAAUGGCCACAUUGUAUAAUAUUGAUGGUAAUUUGAUCAGGGAGUUUGAGACCAAGCCAAAGAAUGGUAGUGGCUUUGUUUUGGACGGUCUACAAAAUGGUGGCUAUUGUAUAAAGUUGGACCAAUCAGUGUUGGCAAAGUUAUCACCAAUCGAGGACAACCCUUUCAACUCAAGUGGAGUGUACUGCUUCUCUCUUGAUGCACACACAGCACCCUCAGACCCUGCUGACUACACCCUACGUAUAUUCGCCCAAUUCCUAUGCAAUGAUGCGAAUGAUUGUCCAGCAAACAAUGCAGAUGAUAGCUCAGCCAGUGGUAGUAGUAGUAGUAUGAGCCACAGCUCAGACUCUAGCGGUGUUGGACCAACAUCAUCAGAGGAUGGAUCAUCAGAUUUCCCUCCAGAGUCCAGCUCGUCAACCGAGCAGGAAACAACUGGUACUACAUCGCCGGUGACCUCUACUGGCUCAUCAUCAUCAUCAACAACCUCUCCAACAACCUCAACACCAUCGUCCUCAUCAUCUCCAACAACAUCUUCAACAUCCACACCUACCUCAUCAACCCCAACUUCAUCAACACCAGUUACAUCAUCCUCCCCAGCUCCAACUUCAUCAGGACCAUCAUCAACUGUUACAACAUCCACUCCACAAACUACUGGUGAUUCCACCUCCACUGAUAUCUCCGCUACAUCACCAUCGACUGGCUCGCCAUCGACUGGCUCGCCAUCAACUGGCUCACCAUCAACAACAGAGGUCCCAGGUACCUCUUCCAUUACUUCCUCGCCACAAACCACUAGUACUCCCGGAACAUCUUCGUCACCAACAACUGGCUCAUCGCCAACAACAAAUGUCCCAGGUACCUCCUCCAUUACCUCCUCACUACCAUCGACAACUACUACGGAAACAUCUUCGGCGCAAUCAACUGGCUCAUCGCCAACAACAGAUGUCCCAGGUACCUCCUCCACUACCUCCCCUGGUACAUCCGCAACACCAACGACUACUUCUUCACCGCAACCCACAAGUACAACCGAAUCAUCUUCAUCACCAUCAACAACAUUAAUCCCCGGUACCUCAUCCACUACCUCCCCACCACAAACAUCAAGUACAACGGAAUCACCAUCAACAACAACAGAUGUCCCCGGUACCUUCCCUGGUACAUCCGCAACACCAACGACUACUGAUCAACCAACUUCAACGUCCGCCUCUAGUACAGUGACACCGACCACCGACCAAACAUCUUCCACAUCUGCAACAUCAGCCACAACUGAUCAAACACCACCCACGACGGCAACAUCGGCAACAUCAUCUACGACUACUAUGCGUGUCGGUGAACGUCUUCGCCGGACUCUACUGGUGGAAGUUGAUCUGGUGGACGAAGAGUGA